GCAAGCCAAAAAUAUCAACAUGGUUAUUGAGGAUCUUUUCUGAGAAGGCGCUCGAUGUCUCUAGCCAGUCCGACAGCAGUAAUCUUUAUCGGCCGACAGAGACUUGAUUCUCGGUCUUUGCUAUCUUCUCCACACGGACCUCUUUGACGGAAAAAUGGUCUCCACUCGCAGAUCUGGAGAAAGAAUGGAAAAGAGACCCACACAACAGACGGGAAAUUCUCCAUGGGCGUUUCUCCGCUUCUGAGAAGAGAGAAACUGUGGAGGAGACAUGGAGGUCUGGACAUGUCGUCGGCCUGCACGCUUUACCCAUGGAUUGGUAAGUUAGCCCUCAACGGACUUAGUGGGACGUUCGGCAACCUCGCCAUGGUUUAAAGAUGUCUCGCUCCCCUUGAGUCGCACCUCUCUUUCCCUCCUUCCAUCUCUCUGGCUCCGCAGAGUCUUCGACGAAACAACUUGGCACAAUAUGGCGAACGCUUUCUUCAAGAAUCGCAGGGUCUACCUCUUGACUUUGGUGGCCUACAUGGGCUCUUUCCUUUUCGGUUACGACACUGGAGUCAUGGGAUCCGUCCUGGAACUUGAGAGCUUCAAGCACGAUUUUGGCAUGGCCGCCUCCACCUCUGGGUUCUCAAGCAGUAAAAACGCAGAAAUCUCGUCCAAUGUGGUAUCGCUACUUACCGCUGGAUGCUUCUUCGGUGCUCUCUCUGCUCCCUGGUUGAACGAACGUCUUGGUCGCCGCUACUCUCUCAUGAUCUUCAGUGUCGUCUUCAUGAUCGGCGCUGCUGUACAGACUGGAGCUUCGCAUGCUAUUGGUACAAUGUAUGGUGGUCGCGUCAUCGCUGGCCUGGGUAUUGGUGGCAUGAGCGCUAUCACACCUGUCUUCGUCUCCGAAAACUGCCCACCUAACGUCCGUGGUCGCAUUUCUGGUCUCUUUCAGGAGUUCCUCGUUCUGGGUGUCAUGUUCAGUUACUGGCUCUGCUAUGGCGUGAAGCGUAACAUGGCGCCUACAACAAUGCAGUGGCGCGUUCCUGUCGCUCUUCAACUCGUCCCUUCUGGCAUCAUGUUCUGCGGACUUUGGUUCUUGAAGGAGUCGCCCCGCUGGUUGGCAAAGAAUGAUUGUCAUGAUGAGGCUCUUGCUUCUUUGGCAUAUAUCCGUUGCGUUCCCACCGACGAUCCGGAAGUCCUCCAGGAGCUUGCUGAGAUUCGUGCUUCGGUGGAAGAAGAAUUCUUGGCUACCGAAGGACUCAGCUGGAAGGAGUGUCUGAAGCCUGGUUAUCGCGAGCGGUUCGGUCUUGCUUUCUGUAUCAUGUUCUGGCAACAGUGGUCAGGUACAAACUCUAUUGGAUAUUACGCGCCUCAAAUCUUUGCAUCGGUUGGCUUGACUGGCUCUAGCACCUCCCUCUUCGCCACUGGUAUUUACGGCACCGUCAAAGUCAUCACCACCGGUAUCUUUCUGAUCAUCGGUAUCGAGCGCUUCGGUCGCAAGUGGCCACUUGUCGCAGGAGCAUGGUGGAUGGCUGCAAUGAUGUUCAUAAUCGGCGCUGUCCUCGUCUUUUUCCCGCCCAAUCCAGAUGCUGCCUCUGUGAGCUCCUCUUCUAUUGCUAUGGUCGUGAUGAUCUACCUGUACGUUAUUGGCUACUCUGCUUCUUGGGGCCCUGUGCCUUGGGUCUAUGUCGCGGAGAUAUUCCCCACAAGACUCAGAGCUUACGGUGUCGGCCUUGCUUCUGCAACCCAGUGGCUGUUCAACUUCGUCGUUACGAAGGUCACGCCUGCGGCCAUCAACAGCAUUGGCUGGCGUACAUUCAUUAUGUUCGGAUGUUUCUGUACGGCGAUGGGAGUUUUCGUCUUGAUCUUCCUUAAGGAAACCACAGGCCGCAGUCUGGAAGAUAUGGACAUUCUGUUUGGAGCCAUCACUCCCGAGCAGCGUCGAAAGGAUGUCGAGUUGGCUGUUGCUGAGGAGUACAAGGCUGACCCUCAUGCCCAACAUGUUGACCGUGUUGGAGAGGAACAGAUUUACAAGAAUAGAGAUGUCAAGUAAUCAUUGCAUGGAUGGAACAUAGAGGGAGCAUGGAUGGACUGGCGUAGAUGGAAGACACAGCCACAAGAGCCGAGCAUAGAUAUAGAUUAUAGAGUACGAAAUCACGAUCAUCCAUAAGACCCAC